UCCAUUCAGCCGCAGCCACUCGCGGCGGGCAGCGGCAGCAGCGCUCCCGCCGCCGGAGCCGCGCCAGCCCCGGCCAUGGCCGCCACCGACCUGGAGCGCUUCUCGAAUGAAGAGAAGAGGAACCUUUCCCUGGGGGGCCAUGUGGGCUUCGACAGCCUCCCGGAUCAGCUGGUCAGCAAGUCUGUCACACAAGGCUUCAGCUUCAACAUCCUCUGUGUGGGUGAGACUGGCAUUGGGAAAUCCACGCUGAUGAACACCCUCUUCAACACCACGUUUGAGACGGAGGAAGCCAGUCACUACGAGAGCGCGGUUCGCUUGCGGCCGCGCACCUACGACCUGCAGGAGAGCAAUGUCCACCUGAAGCUGACCAUCGUGGAUGCAGUUGGAUUUGGGGAUCAGAUCAAUAAAGACGAAAGUUACAGGCCAAUCGUAGAGUACAUUGAUACGCAGUUUGAAAACUAUUUGCAAGAAGAGCUGAAAAUCCGCCGGUCUCUCUUCAACUACCACGACACGAGGAUUCACGUCUGCCUCUACUUCAUCACCCCCACCGGGCACUCGCUCAAGUCCCUGGACCUGGUGACAAUGAAGAAGCUGGAUAGCAAGGUGAACAUCAUCCCAAUCAUUGCCAAAGCAGACACCAUCUCCAAGAGCGAGCUGCACAAGUUCAAGAUCAAGAUCAUGAGCGAGCUGGUCAGCAACGGGGUGCAGAUCUACCAGUUCCCCACGGACGACGAGGCAGUGGCCGAGAUCAACUCUGUGAUGAACGCUCAUCUGCCCUUCGCUGUGGUCGGCAGCACGGAGGAGGUGAAGGUUGGGAACAAGCUGGUGCGAGCUCGGCAGUACCCGUGGGGAGUGGUGCAAGUGGAGAAUGAAAGUCACUGUGAUUUUGUGAAGCUGAGGGAAAUGCUGAUCCGGGUGAACAUGGAGGACCUGCGGGAGCAGACCCACACCCGCCACUACGAGCUCUACCGGAGGUGCAAACUGGAGGAGAUGGGUUUCAAGGACACAGAUCCAGACAACCAGCCCUUCAGCCUCCAAGAAACAUACGAGACCAAAAGGAAAGAGUUCUUGGGUGAGCUCCAGAGGAAAGAGGAAGAAAUGAGACAAAUGUUUGUUAACAAAGUCAAGGAGACAGAGGCAGAGCUGAAGGAGAAGGAGAGAGAGCUGCACGAGAAGUUUGAGCACUUAAAAAGGAUACACCAGGAAGAGAAAAGGAAGGUGGAGGAGAAAAGGAGGGAGCUGGAGGAAGAGAUGAACGCCUUCAACAGGCGGAAAGUGGCAGUGGAAACCUUGCAGUCCCAAUCCUUGCAGGCUACCUCACAGCAGCCACUGAAGAAGGACAAAGACAAGAAAAAUUAAUCACACACAGACUUUCAGGCCAAGAGUGGACUUGGUGCUUUCAUGUGUUAAGUUGCUUGAGUUUCCCACCCUGAGUGACCCUUCUCAUAACAUUGUGUGAGUGGACCAAAGUGAAAAUGAGCAUCUCCAGUGGCUGCAGUGUUCCUGCUGUUUUCUUUUCAGAAUUAUCAGGAGGUUUGCAGGAAGUAACCUUACAUCUACAUUUUGUUAAACAAAGCCAACUAAUCCCUCAAGUAAGAUGUUUUGUUCUAAACCCAGUGAUGGAGCAGCCAUGUAUGAAGUGACCAUAACUGAACUCAUCUUACCACCAGCUAAAUAAUUGCUUUCUGCAUUUUUUUUUAAUUGGCUAAGGUGACUGCUGGAGGCUCAUUGACCUCCCCUGUACAUGCACAGUGAGAGGAGUGGUCUGAAGAAUGCUGAAAUGUUUGUUUUUCUAACAAAAUUCUCAAGUAGUUUUCAGAAUGGGUGGAAAAACACAACAUUAAGGCUUUCUGCAGGAAUCUUACUCAGAGUAACCUUCAUUCCAGUAAUUCUGUAUUAAUUCCUGAAUUACUCUAAACACUAUCUACAUCAUUUAUAAUAUAUAUAUAUAAGGAGAGAGAAAGUGGUUAAUAAAAUUAAUGGGACAAUGUUUUGAAUUUUCUUUACUGCUAAAGUAGAACAUUUAUAGAGAGGUUUUUCAUAAGAGUUUGUUGUACAAAGUGGAACUACAGGAUUCAUGUAACAUUUCAGUUGUCACUUACCAAUGUAUUUACUGUUGUGGAAACUAUUUAAGCCAACAUCUUUACUUUUACUUUUUAACCUUAAACCUAAUAUGUGCCUAAUAAGGAGAAUCCCCUGCUCUCGAGCUGUGCACUGUAUUUAUGCUGACAGGCUCUGUCCCUCUUAGAAGGUGCUUCUUUUGACAACUCCUCACGCCUAGAAAUCACAGCCUUGUUUUCCUGGGCAACUGAGCUUAGAGGAAUAAUUAGGAUCAAUAUUAAUUUUUUCCACUCAAACCAUUUUGUGAAUAGGCAAGGCAAUAACUGAACAGAGAGUUACUAGCUGUGUUGUAAUGGAAAAAUAGUUGGACCCAAUUCCAUCCAUCCAUCCAUCCAUCCAUCCAUCCAUCCAUCCAUCCAUCCAUCCAAUCCUAGGCUAGAUGAAAGGAAAUAUAUUAACCCUCACAUAGUGUCUUUAGAGUUUAUAAAAACACUGGCUGGCUAAGUGUUAGUUGUGAGUGUGUGCAGUUUUAUUUAGUUAUUAAUGUUACAGGAUUUUUCUGAUACAUUUUUUGUUAAAGACUUGUCUUUAAGCUGUCAGCAAAUUCCUGAUGUGCUGUGCAGAAGGAAAUGCAGGGCCUUGGUCUGAGCUGUCACAGGGCAGCAUUUUGCUGGAUUCUGAGGUUCUUAAACUCUCAUAUUCCAUUAAAGCAGCUUAUUUUUUCCCCUUUCUAAAUACAUGCUCAGGUGUUUUCCAAUGGACAUUGGCCUUUUCUGUGGAUAUACAGUGCUGCUUCGUGCUAGAAAAGAACCUCACAAAGAUCUCACUGGUACCUUUUAGAACAGGCUUUUGUUGAAAGAAUAAAAAUUCUGCACUUGUUGGGAAUCUGCUGAAAGCUGGACAUUUAGUUUUUAAGGCUGUGCCUCCAAGUUAGAUGUAUUUUAAAGAGUAACUAUCAAGUGUUAGGAGGGUUAGUGUGGUUUUCUCAAACAUGUACACGGAACCCAACCUUCUGUUAUAUGCAAGAAGACAAUUCCACCUCACCUCUGACUACAGACCAAUCAUGUAGCAGAUUAUUUUUUAUUAAUCUUUUGCUAAUGGGAGAAUCUGUGGUGCACUAAUUGCCUGAGCAGGCCAUGCUCUUUGGUUCUUUGUUUUGCUUCCCAAGGCCAAUGCUGGGAUGAAACAGUAACUGGUGGUACUGGUGUGCAUCCAGCUGCCUCAGCAGUGUGUUCCCAAUCAACAGUUCUCUCCUGAUCUCAUGCUGCAGCCAGCAAGAUCUAUGCAAAUGAUUUCCCUCUGCCCUGGCUUGUCAGAGAUCAAUUUUUUUUUUCCUAGAAUAACAGGUAGUUAAAAAACAUUAUUAUAACAAAGAGUAAAAAUCUUCAAACCCAUGGGCAUUAUGGAGAAAUUCACAGCAUUUUCUGAAGAAGACAUUCGGAAUGUAUGUAACAAUAUUUUCAUGAUGAUAAUUAUUAUAUACUUUGACUUUAUGUUGUGAUGGACAUCCCUUGUCAUUGUAGUUGCUUGUUCAACAUCAUAAUCUCCCCAAGGGGACUCAGUCAUAUUUUUUCCCCGAGUACAUGUUUUUUUCUUUCAGCUGAGACAAGAUUUAAGUAUUGUGGUAGGGUAGUUCUAUAUCUUAUUUUUAUUUAACAAAUUACAAAUACAUUGUGAUGCUGAUCUCACCCAGUCUGAGGACUUAAAAUCUUGUAGGCUAGAAAAAGUGAAAGAAAUACCUGUCAGAAAUUAUUGAAACCAUCCAGUUACACAUCUUUCAGCUGUUUUAUAUAUUUAUCUGUAAAAGAUUGGUAUUAAUGGGAAAAACUAUCAAUUUUUUUUUUAUCAUUUAAACGUUUACUGUCCUGUAUGUUGUGUGUUUUCUAAAUUAAACUGUGUUUUGUGGGUCUCUGGGGGGAGGUCAUGCCUGGCUGUGGUGGCUGCCCCAGGGGUGUAGAUGAGGGUGGUUUGGAGCCGUGGAGGCACCUUGGGGACCUGCACGGGGGACACAGCCCUCUGGGACCUGCUGCAUCCCUUUGCUUUGUCAUUCCCAGCAUGCUGGGGUUCAUGGUUUGGUUUUUUUCUUUACUUUCUUUCCACUCACUUUGUACUUUCUUUCUUUUAUUAAAUCUCACAUGUAUUUUGA